UGCAUGAAAUUUAUAAUUCAUUUAAACUCAGUUUCCAUAGAAACAAAUAGCAAAAAUUAUUUAACACGUUUCCAUAGAAACCCAAAAAAUGUGUCGAAUUUUGCUCCUCUCAAUUUUCGCCAUAAUUUCAAUUUCCGUCGGAUUUUCAAUCCAUGACAACGACCUUGACACGGAUUUGGAGCAAACGAAAAUCGGGAUUCCGACGGAAAUGCUGCUCGAAGCGUUGGAAUCGCAAUUUAACAAUCCGGCCGCGCAGGCGCAGGGAAGGGGAGCCAACUUCUUCAACCUCUCGGCGUAUUUGAACACGAAUCGACCGAACGGAACGGCGUUGACUUUCGUACCGCUGAUUACGCUCAUUUUGGGGAAGUUGAACUUGGGGACCGUUGGGUAGUGAUUUCCAUGGAAAAUUAUUAUGGCGUUUCCAUGGAUUUAUUUUAUUCGGAAAUUAAUUUCCAUGGUAAUUUUAGGCAUUUUAUGAAUAAAUAAAAUUGUGACGUCA